UUAUAUCAAUAAAUUCUUAAACACAUCCGAAAUUACUAAAACAAUAAUUUCGCGACGCGUGGCCGAGCAUUAUGAAACGGAAAGAAACUGGGUCAAAACCAACUCAAAUCUUUCACAAUGGCGGAGAAUUUUGAAAGGGCUGCCAAUGCUCGCAAGAAGAAACUCCCUUCCAUGGAUUGUCUUAUUAGGCAAGGUAAUGAUAUUUUAGAAAAGCGAAAAAAGAGAAGAAAGCCUAUUCAUUAUGAGUAUAGCACGGAUCCAAAAACUGGCCAACGGAGUUGCAAAAAUACUUACAAUCCAAAGUAUUAUAAUCGCGAUGAUACCGCCUCUAGUUCAAGAUCAAAAAACUUAGAGGAACACAGCGAUAAUAUUUUCCAAGAACAAGAACCACCAGAAGUAAGUUUAUUGGAUCGUGAAUCAGAUAUGGAUGUAACGACAAACGCUGUAGAGGAUGUGACAAUGAAUGAUAUCCUUGAAGAAGCAAAAGGAUUAUUAUGUAACUGGAAAUGUGGUGGUCAGCAAAAAAACGAACCUGGCAUGAAAGACAAAAUUCCCUUUAUGAAAGCUGGAGGAAGUCAGAAGUAG